AUGGCACUUACAAGAGUAACAGGACAUAGGAAACACACGAUCGGAAAAAUUAGAGCAACGGUGUUGCUUGGCGAUCAAAAAGUCCGACACACUAUGUUCGUAGUCAGGGAUGAUUUCCCCAUGGAACAUGAAGGGAUACUGGGAAUUGACUUCCUACAAAGGCAACGAGCGAAAUGCGAUUAUGGACGGAAGCUUAUAAGCCAUAGCAAAACAGCAUAUAAAAUAAAGAAAGCCAUUGCUGAUCGAAAUCAGAUCGGCAUAGUGAAAUCUGCGGGCCGCGUAGGGAGCAUACUCACAAUAUACAAGGCGGAUAACACGAACAUCGAAUUCCCGAGUUCGCGCAGACAAAGCCUACGUAAACAAAUACGUGCGGUACGUUGCCAAAAGAGUAAACUUAAUGGAAUGUUAUUGACCGUGACCAACGCCGCGAGUAAGCCAGUCAAGAGAGAUGCAUUACAAACUAUUCAGCAAAUCGCGAAACAGCAGGCACAUAAAGCAAAAACAAAUGCAAAAAUCUACGCUGACAGAAGGACGAAAAUCCGCACAUUUAAAGUAGGAGACUUAGUACUGUCACACGACGAGACGUUACGAAGAGGACGUUCGAAAAAACUAGAGGCACCAUGGGUGGGCCCAGCCGCGGAAGCGCUACCAGACAUACGAAAUAGCGUGCGCAGGAUUUUAAAUUUUCCUGUCGAGGGCGAAACAGGGUCACCCAUACACGUAACUCGCGAACGCGAAUUUCCAAUCGCCGCGAACGACUUUAGUUUACUCGGGAUAAACGCCACAGGCGAAUUUGAUACCGAGUCAGACGAACGGACGGAACAAAGACGUAGACUGCAAUUUUCGUACGAUAUACAAGAAGACAACACAACCGGAACAGACAUGCUGUCACGCACUCCUAUCAAAUCUCCACAAGCGGGAACAUCUUCCGCAGGGGCGGAAGACGGAACACCGCAUUCAUACGAUUUAAAUGGACUGCUGCUGUCAACAGGCGCUUACGUUUGGAAAUGCGUAGUGCGAUGUCCUGCGAGUCUUGAAGUUUUCUUAAAAAGCGGCGGAUUGUACUCUAUGCUGGACAUCAUCGAGAUCGCGAGCUAUCACGUGAAAUGUUUGUAUCUCGGUGCAUUAACCGACGUGUGCGACAGAACUUUUUGCGGGCCCUGUCUCUGCACCUGGAGAGGUGCCGAUAAGGAGACAGGUCUAAUGUCUUUGCUCGCGAUCAUUUGGCGAGAAGAGGAAGACAGAAUCGGUAUCAAGAGAGGCGUCGACGGCACCAUAACAGAUUCUGAAUAUCCUCAGAUGGGCACUAAGCAGUGGACAGACACCUAUCGUUCGCAGCUUACGGCGAACGUUAGUCCCGCUAUAAUUGAAAUGUUUGGCUCGGUGCGAUCGAAGAUUUUCAGUAUUUUGAAAAUUAUCGAGAGAGACGGCGACAAGUACGAAAUCGCGAGGGAGCAUUACAAGAUUCUACUUGACGGACUACCAACGAGAGAUCGCAUAACGCUGUGCUGCGUCGACAUGUAUCUACGGCUGAAGCUCGGCCAGAUGUGGCUGGAGCUCGACAUCUAUUUGGAGCAGACCGACGUGACACCGGUGAGCGUGGACGCGCAUUUGGUCGCCCACAUGGUGCAGUGGCACCGUUCGUGGGGCACUCUGAUCGAGGACCACCAGAGGAAGCUGGUCGCGACGGCAAAGCACGCGGAUGAGCUCUUGGAGAUGGACGAGCUCGUGAAGAUCCGCGAUUCCAGACUGGCACCGGCGCUGGAAGCGCUGGACGACGUAGAUCGUAUCCGUCGCACGACCGACAGAUCGUACAUGCUGCGGAAGAAAAAUCAGCAGAGGCAACAAGUGCGCGAGGCUCUGUCGUUCCCACGCGACGCCGACGCCCAGCGAUGCCAUCGAACGUUCUCGGAUAAGACGAACGUCACGGCAAUUCUUAAGCAACAUCAACUGAUCGACACUUCCCAUUUGGAGGAUCUCCGGAGCGAUUUCCCGAAGGUAUCUCCGGUUUCACCUCCCGAUUCACCCCACGAAGAAAUCUUCUCUUUGCUCAAAGUUGCUUCCGCGAGUUCCCUGUUCUAUGAACACCGGUUCACGGACGAAUACAUGAUCGAAAGUCUCAAUCGAUAGUCUGUGCGUU